GAUAACACUCCCUGAAACAAAAAGGCAUCAGUUGGCCUGCGGUUUCUGGCCAUCGUUCACAGGUUCCAACCAAAACCAUGGGGCUCCUCACUCGCUAUAUACCCACCACCACCUCACUCUGCAAACCUCACUGAAAGCACCAGGAAGAGAAAGAAGAAGAAGAAGAUGAUCUCCUUGCAGUCAUGGGUCGCCGAGCACAAGCUCACAAGCAUCGGUGCUGUUUGGGCUUCGGCGCUGGGGACGUCGAUGGCGGUGGCCCGCUGGAGGACCCCCAUGGUGAAGACCAGCCUCCGGCUCAUCCACGCCAGGAUGCACGCGCAGGCGCUGGCGCUGGCGGUGCUGUCGGGAGCGGCGCUGCUGCACCACUACGACGUCGCGGGGGAAGACCGCAGGGCGGCGGCGAUGGAUGAUGGCGAAGAUGUCAACACUCCCAGUCCAUUUGCUUAGUUGAGGAAGGGAUAUAAUGGAAGAAAAUAAAACGGUCUAGCUAGUGACGCUGAUCGAGUAUAUUAAUGUACCUUGUUGAAGUAUGUGAGCCAUUAAAUGCUCUAUUAAUGCCAGUUUCUUGGAUC